ACAAAACCAAUCAUUUGCAAUCCUUUAAACCUUCAUUUACAAAAGCCAACACAAUGUUGAGGAACCAAUUUGUCUUGUCUUGUUCACUAGCAUUGAUAGUUUCAUUUUUGUACUCCACCACCACUUUUGCACAAUUAUCACCAGGUUCUGCCCCUCUAAAACCACCCCAACCUAGCCCUACCCCACCAGUUGAGGCUCCCAAACAAGCAUUAGUUCCUUCAUUGCCACAAUCACCAAGUGAUUCCACCCCUGACACUGCAGCAGCAGUUGACAUUGUUGGAAUCCUAAGGAAGGCUAAAUCAUUCAACAUCCUAAUUCGUCUCAUGAAAACCACCCAAUUGAUCAACCAACUCAAUGCACAACUCCUCACUACUAAAUCUGGUGGCAUUACCAUUCUUGCACCUGAUGACAGUGCCUUCUCAGAACUUAAAGCAGGCUUCCUCAACUCUCUUUCUGAUGGACAAAAACUCGAGCUUUUACAGUUCCACGUUAUUUCAGAGUAUGUAUCUAGCUCCAAUUUUGAUACCCUAACAAACCCUGUGAGAACACUUGCAGGAGCUAAACCUGGAAAGGUGGAACUUAAUGUUGUAAGUUACGGUGGAAGUGUAAACAUCUCAACGGGUGAGGUUAACACAACCAUCACUGGCAUUAUAUAUACAGAUAAGCAUCUUGCUAUAUAUAAGGUGGGAAAAGUGCUUCUUCCAAUGGACUUCUUUGUAGUGGCCAAGGCACCAGAAAAGGGACCCUCAUUGGCACCACAACCUUCAGCAAAGGCUCCUAAACCUGAUAAGGACCCAUUAUCCCCAGAUUCCUCAGAAUCAUCUCAGAUUAAUUCCACAAACGAGAACUCUGGUAAUGUGAAAAUCAAUGCGCAUGGAAAGUGGAUGACCCUUGUUCUUGGAGUAGUUCUCGUGAUUUUAUUGUGAUCAUAAACUAGAAUAGGAUCUGAAUUUACGGACGGAGCUAUUAGUUACCAUGCAGUUAAUACCCAAAAGUGUUAAACGAUAUGUUGUGUGAUUGCGAGAAAGGAGUGAAUGCGGCAGGGAACAAUUAUGAGAGAGAAUUAGGGGAUCUGAGCUUGUUGUUUGCCUCUACGAAUUUAUGAUAUAAAUAUAAACAUAAGAGUUU